UGCCCGUGGCGGCGGUAGUGGGGGGGGCAGCUCCGCUCUGGCUCGCUCGGCUCGGCUCGGCCAUGGACCGGCAGCGGGUCCCGGGCGCACAGGUUUGGUUCUCCCAGUCCCUGGGUAGGAAGAGCCAGGGACAGGAUAUGUGGGAAUGUGGCUGGACUUGGUGUUUUCUCUCUGCCCAUUUACUGGCCUUAUUUAAGCCACUUGUGCCUCUAGUGCCUGUGGGUGACUACUGUUGAGUGGGAUGAGAUGAGGAAGGAGUGACCUGUCUGUGACACCGGUGGGAGCCCAGCCGCAGAGCGCCAAGUGCGAGCAGCGGCCAGGUCCGUGGGACGUGCAGCUCCAGUCUGGACACCUCGGUAGGGCACAGCUGAACCCUUCUCCGACGCAGCGAUGCCGAUCCUCAAGCAACUCGUCUCCAACUCUGCCCACUCCAAGCGGCGCUCCCGGGCCGACCUGACGGCCGAGAUGAUCAGCGCACCCCUGGGGGACUUCCGCCACACCAUGCACGUGGGGCGGGCGGGGGACGCCUUUGGGGACACCUCUUUCCUCACCAGCAAGGCUGGGGAGCCGGGGCCGGAGGUAUGCGAGGAGCCAGGCGCCUCCAAGCCCAGCCUGCUCUCCCGCCGCUUCCGCAGCAGCAAGCGCUCGCAGUCGGUGACGCGAGGUGACCGCCGGGACAUGCUGGGCUCGCUGCGGGACUCGGCGCUCUUUGUGAAGAACGCUGUCUCCCUGCCCCAGCUCAACGAGAAGGAGGUGGACAGGAGUGCGGGGCAGCUGCCCAAGAGUCUCUCCUCCAGCCCUGUCAAGAAGCAACCCGAGGAGAUGAGCCCCGAAGAGCAGCAGCGUUCGAACGGGGCGGCCGCCGGCCCCCUGAGCCCCAGCUUGGAUGAGCGCGACUUCGGGGACAUCACGGACCUGCCCGUCGUGGUGGCCAAGAGUGGGGCAGGCAUGAAGCAUGCCGAGUCCAUCAUGUCCUUCCACAUCGACCUGGGGCCCUCCAUGCUUGGGGAUGUCCUGAGCAUCAUGGAUAAGGAGCAGUGGGAGCAGGAUGAAGACCCUGAGGGAGAGGACAGCCACGAUGAGGAGGCAGAUGCCACCUUGCCUGACUCCCCAGCGCCAGCAGCUGUGACAAGCCAGAGCCCAUCCCGCGGCACCGGUGGCUGCUGCCCUAGGGACAGCACUUCGGUGUCCAGCCGCACCUCGGGGCCAGAGGAGUGCAGCCUCGUCCCCAGGCCACCAAGCCAGCAAGGAGGACCCACGAAACGCCCCGACAAGGAGUUCUCGUUCGCCGAUGAGGAUGACGAUGAGAUCAGAGUAUAAAAGGCAGGCGGCCGAGCCAAGGGCUCUGGUUCUCAUUUGCGGUUGCUUGGACACCGAACGCCCUGGUGCUGCAACGGGUGGCACUGGGGAACAGACUCAACUCCUCGCUUGUUCCCUCUCCCCAUGCGAUGGAGGACGUGCUGAGGCAGGACAGUGUUCUGCUCCCAGGGCUGGGGGCAGCCCAGAGGUGUUUUGGCCCCCAGAGAGCUCCAGCACAUUCCAGGAGAGGAAAGCAGACUCGGUUUUUGGUUCUUUUCUGUUGGACUUUGGAUAUUAGCUCUUCUCUUUUCUACCCCCUGCCCAUGUAAAGCAAUAUAGGAUCAAACAAACAAGAUGAGGCUUCCAACUUUUAGCCCCUUUAGUAAUAUAUUAUUUGUUCUGGGUUUCUUUUCCCCCCUGACGUAUGGUUUUUACUGCUCUCUGGUUUGUACUUAACUUUCUUUACUCUUGCUUUUGGUUUUCAUGGAGGGAAGGACUUAGCUCUGGAGCUCAGAAUAGGCUCUAGACUGUGGGCAGCUCCAGCUUCCCAGGUUGCCUGGGGGCUUUCUGCAGACCAAAAGCCCUGUGCUGUGGUAGGGGCUUGCUCCUCACCCCUUGGAUCCACCUGUGGGAGUGCCCCUUGGCACUGGCUGCUCCCGGGGAUGCUGAUGGGAGCAUGGGUCUGUCCCUUGUGGAAGGAAUGCCAGCUGUGAGGCAGGGUGAGCCCCAAUGUUCUGUGUGCCAGGCAGUCACCAUUGCAGGGGCCUGUCUGGGCAGUGCCAGCACUGGCCUGGUGCAGGCGGGUGGCAGAGGAGGGUUUUAUACCAUGUAUGUACAAAUACAACGAAUAAAAGGACAAGGUAGUGACAGCA